AUGGCUGAUGAAGAUAAGCAAGUGUAUGAUUUGGACGGUUCCAAACUUUUGGGCAAUGUGCGAAUUUUCACCAAUGGCCUCGCCAAAAUAAAAUAUUCUACUAUUUCCAAAGAUGUUGAGCGACUGAAGGAUUCUAAGAAUUUAGGCGAGCUUUUGAGUUUAUUACAAGAUACGCAUCAGAAACUUGAUCGGCUUGGCAUUUUUAAGGGAUUGACUUCCACUAUUGACCGAGGAGAGAGGGAAGGAGACGUUGAUGUUGUGUUAACAUUUGAGGAGAAACCGGCCCUUUACACAGCCGGAGCCAGUGUAAAUUCUAAGACGAAAGCAGGAAUCGAAUUUAAGGGUGAGAUUCCUGGGAUUUUUGGUUCCUCGAACACUUUAACACUGAGUGCAAACACUGCGGGCACUGGGAACAAUGAGUUGACGGGCAGUUUUUAUAUACCGAGGAUUCCUCUAAUGGACAAAUUCACCGGAUUGGUCUCAGUGUUCACCUCCUUCAAUGACUUAAAAAAAUACUGCUCAUACACAAAUAGAACUAAGGGGUUCAAAUUCAUGUUAUCUAAUAUAAAUCAGCGUCACAAUUUCGUCUGGGAAUCCAGCAUUAGGGAUGUCUAUCCGGUGUUCAACGAUAGGAUGAAAGCAUCAGAAAUGGUGCUGAGGAAUAGUGGAUGUUCCUUAAAGAAUUCACUCUCCUACGUUUACAAGUAUGAUGGCACCAAGGGCGAUGGAGUUCCAACUGAGGGUCAAGUCACCCAAAUUAAACUGGAAUCGGGCCUACCUGGAGGCGAUAGUCUGUUCUUCAAGUUUAAUUACAACAUGCUGUACUCUAAGCAGUUGUUCCAGAACCUGAUAAUGAACUUAAAUGUCGGCUGCGGAUACCUGUACAACUUCGGCCCCUAUAAUAAAAACGCAAACUUGUUGGACAAGUUCAACUUCACUGGCCCCUCAGGAUCUCACUUGGCGCUCAGGGGAUUCAGGUUCCAGGGCUUAGGGCCAUACGACCACGUUGACUUAUACAAUCAGGUGUUCAACGACCUGAGGAUGUCCGUCGGUGCUGGUCUGUCCUUAAACCUUGCCCGUGGCUGCUGGCUUGAGGCCUUCUACGCCAAGCCUCUGGUCUACUUCCCCUCGGAUAGCAUUUCCAACUUCCAGCUCGGACUAAGGUUUAAGCAGUCUAUGUAA